CUGCCAGCCUCCUCUCGACCUCCAUUGCCUCUUGCUGCCACCACCAUCACAACUAUUGCCACCACCAUGGCCGAUUUUGCGCCAGGCGGAGACUCCGUCCUCAACCUCAGCCCCGAGGAGAAACGAGCAUAUCAGUACCUCUUCCAGGCUGCCGACACCGAGAAGCUUGGAGUCAUAACGGGCGAGGUAGCCGUCAAGUUUUUCGAGCGCACAAAGCUAGCACCCGCCGUGCUGGGCGAAAUAUGGCAGAUCGCGGACACCGAGAACCGUGGUCUUUUGACGUCGUCAGGCUUCUGCCAGGUCCUGCGACUCAUUGGCCACUACCAGGCCGGCAGAGAUCCCACCCCGGAUCUUGCCUUCAAGCCUGCCCCCAUCCCCAAGUUUGAAGGCUUGCCUCUUCCCAUCUCCCCAGCUGGCACCGCCGGGCCUAGUUUCUCACAACCUCCUGCUGGUCCUCUACAGCCCCAACUGAGUGGCCUGCAACCCCAGCUCAGCGGGAACGGUCCUAUUCGCGUGCCUCCGCUGAACCCGGUCAAAGCUGCCGAGUAUGCCGGCCUUUUCGAAAAAUCGGGUGCCGUCAAUGGCCUGCUAUCUGGAGAGAAUGCCAAGCAAAUCUUCGAAAAAGCACGCCUACCGAACGAGACUCUUGGUCGCAUAUGGAAUCUGGCCGAUACUGAGCAACGAGGUGCUCUGAUUGUCACUGAAUUUAUUAUUGCGAUGCACUUGCUAGCAUCCUUCAGGACGGGCGCUAUGAAACAGGUGCCUAAUACACUUCCCGCCGGUCUGUACGAGGCAGCCGCACGAAGGGGUGCUGGUGGACCCAAUGCCCCAAUUCCUCGACAAUUCAGCGGGCAAGGCCCGGCGCAAAGUCCGCUUCGCUCCGCAUUUCCCCAGUCCGCGCAGACUACCGGCAGUGACUGGGUCAUCAGUCCCCAAGAAAAACAGUCUUAUGAUAAUUUGUUUUCCAAAGUCGACACUACUGGACGUGGCUUCAUCACUGGAGAUCAAGCGGUGCAAUUCUUCAGUGACUCUGGUCUCCCCGAAGAUGUUCUAGCUGGCAUCUGGGAUCUGGCUGAUAUCAAUUCCGAAGGACAGCUUUCGAGAGAUGAGUUUGCUGUAUCUAUGUAUCUAAUCCGUCAACAGCGCAAACCAGACCGUACGCCUCUUCCGGCAUCUCUGCCUCCCAAUUUGAUUCCUCCGAGCAUGCGCAACCAGAUCCGAGCGCCGCAGCCACCCGGUCCGCCAGAACCGCAGCCCAUGAGCCUUAAUCCCAAAUCGGCAGCAGACGAUCUCUUCGGUUUGGAUGCAUUCUCUACGUCCGCGCCUGCGCCUGCGCCUCCCCAGCUUCAGCAAACCACAGGCGGGUCGAAUUCUUUCCCCAAGCCUUUCGACAAUGACCCUUUUGCGAGCAAGACUGCCUCACCAACCUCGCCCCAUCCGUUCCAGCCGUCGCCGCGUAACCCCGCCUCUACCUUCAAACCUUUCAUGCCCACAUCUUCAUUCGGUCAAAAUCUCACUUCCCAGUCAACAGGUGCGUCCACAGGUUCUGGAACGCAGCAGCGCGCUCCACCAUCUGCCAUGGACGACCUUUUGGGUGAGAGUGAUCCUGAGAUCAACAAGAAGCUAACUCAAGACUCCACCGAGCUAGCCAAUAUGUCUAACCAGAUGACCACAUUGCGCACUCAAAUGCAAGAAGUGCAGAACAAGAAAGGGGCGACAGAGGGCGAGUUGAACAAUGUGACAAAUCAGAAGCGAGAAUUGGAGGUGCGAUUGGCGCAGUUCAAAUCGGCAUACGAGAAAGAAGCGAAGGACGUUAAGGCGGUCGAGGAUCGUUUGGCUCUUUCACGGAACGAGACUCGCAAACUCCAGCAGGAUCUUGCCGUGAUUGAAGCAACCCUUCAGGAUCUUCAGAAUCAACAUCGUCAAGUUGGAAGUGCUUUGGAAGCAGAUCAACGCGAGAAUAUCAGUCUCAAAGAGCGCAUACGUCAAGCUAAUGCUGAAGUUGCUGCUCUUCGUCCACAACUCGACAAGAUGAGGAGCGAUGCACGACAACAGAAGGGCAUGGUAGCUAUCAACAAAAAACAACUCGCUACCAACGAAGGCGAAAGGGACAAGAUCAAGAGCGAGAUGCAUGAUUUGAGCAAAUCUGCUGAAGAAGCUCGCAGUCCACCCGCCGCUAACCCUGCUGUUGCCAGUCCAGCGGGUUCUACUGCCAGCCAUAACACCAACCCCUUCUUCCGUAAAUCGCCUCAACCACAGAACGAGAACACAAUGUCUCCCUCCGGUUUCGCUCGUGAAAGUAGUCCCCACAAGGACUUCGAUAGCUUGUUCGGAUCUUUCCCCGCUCCAGCAACCAGCGCUCCUCCGGUCCAGUUCCGCUCAGAUAGUCAGAACCAAGUCCCCAACUUCUCUGCACCCUCUGGGCAGUCCGUUCGCUCUAGUGAAGGUCCCGAUGUGCCUACCCCAUCCACGUCUCCACCUUUGUCUUCCUAUCAAGAAUCUCCACGCACGGGUGAGCCACCUGCGCCGCCGGAGUCGCGUCAGUUUGGCUCUGCGUUUUUGCCUUUGAGAGACACGGUUCCUCGCUCCGACUCUUUUAGUUCAUCUGUCAAAGUAUCAGCACCGGCUAGCAGAUACGGUGGACCCGGUGGCCCAGGCAAUGAAACUCCGACCAUCUCGAAAGCUUCGCCUGCCGGCACUCCCGUACCAGAGAAGCCUGUCCCUGAGCGCACUGACACCGAACGCACUGACUUCGAUAACUUCUCAUCCUCUGCUUUCGACCGGAAUGUGACGGCUUCUCCUGUGGCCAGCGUUACUAGUGACGCAAAAUCUGCCUCCAAGGGCGAAGAUCGCAAAGAUACCUUCUCCGCCUUCGGAGGACCUCUGCCGGGCAAAGAGCUCCCUGGAGCUUUCCCGAGAGAUACUAACUCCCCACUACAACAAAUGCCCACUGGUGGAAGCAGUUUGAGCGAACAGAACAAGGCUAAUGGUCGUGCGGAUCCGUUUUCCAGCUCCACAGACCAGCCCCGCCCGGGCCAGAAAGUUGACUUUGAUGCUGCAUUUGCCGGCUUCGGUCCUUCCCGACAGAACACUGCCGAUACUAAUGGCACAGGCGGACCGUCCCGAGUUGCUGCGAACAAGUUCAACAAAGAGUUCCCCCCCAUCGAAGAUCUUGCCCAUGACGACGAUAGUGAUAGCAACAGUGAACAAGGCUUUGCUGAUAACUUCACUUCAGCAUCUCCUCAGCAGCACCGAUCUAGCGUUGGUCAGAGCCAAGCUCCCCAGGCGAGUGUUGUGGCCGACAAAGAUGAUGACGAUCUCUAUGCCGCGCCGCCAGCAGCUCCCUCACGUCUAGAGUCUACAACCAGCGUCUUGCCUUCUCCAGGAGCAGCCAAAUCCCCACCGAGCUAUGAAGCUUCGGUUCCUCCUAAAUCUGGCUCCAACCAAUUCCCACCAGAGUUUGGAGGCCUCUUGCCAUCCCGCACCGAUCCCAUCUCUCCUCCCACGUCGCAAUCGCCCGAGAAACCUUUCAAUGCUUCUUCUGGGGGACAAGGCGCUGCGCUCUUCGGCGGACCAUCUUCCACUAAGCCAUCAACUGCGUCACCUCCACCUACCGAUACACCAACAUCUACAGUCCCGUCAGAUGCGUAUCACUCUGCUGUGUCCCACCCGCCAAGUGACGCGAAAACGCAGUCCAAGUCUGCGUUCAAUGAUGAUUUUGAUGCAGGCUUCGAUGACUUGACGGAUGCCAAAGAAGCGGAUGACAAGGAAGCGGAUGAUCUCUUCUCGUCGCAACACCGUGACGCAUAUGAAAGUUUUGACCCUGUUUUCGACUCUCCUGCGGCUUCUAAAUCCAACACUAUGGCCUCCUCUCAGCAGACACAUACCGGUACGGGUCUUGGUGAUGAUAGCUUCGGCGAUUUCGAACAUUUGUCCAAGAGCUUCGGUCAACCCGCCGCCCCUCAGCCUACCGCCUCUAGCCAGGACUGGGAUGCUAUCUUCUCGAACAUGGAAUCGUCUCAAGACAAGAACCCGCAACAGCCGUCUGGAGAUCUCGGGAAGUCGGUUUUUGAUACUCUUGAUCGCGAAGAGGCUGCUGCUUCUUCUUCCAAAUCGCCAACAUUGCAGUCGCCAACCAUGCCACAUCUCGGCCGUGCCAUUAGCACCGGGACCGAACACGAUGAUCCAAUUCUCAAGAAGUUGACGGGAAUGGGAUACUCACGCAACGAUGCUUUGGGCGCCUUGGAGAAAUUCGACUAUGACAUCAACAAGGCUGCGGACUACCUGUCGUCACAGUAA